CGAGGCCAUGGAGGUGCCGGCGACCCGCUUCAGCACGGCGCCCACGCUGCCCGCGGGCGGCACCCACGCCACGGCGCGCGGCCAGAGCACCCAGUCGGGCUCCACGCUCUCGUACACGCCGCUCUCCGAGCUGGACUACGGCACCGUCAUGUGCUGGGCGUCCAACCGCGCGGGCAGCCAGCGCGACCCCUGCGUCUUCCACAUCAUCGCGGCGGGCAAGCCCGACAUGCCGUUCAACUGCACGCUGCUGAACCAGACGUCCUCCGCGCUCGGCGUGGAGUGCGUCGCGGGCUUCGACGGCGGCCAGCCGCAGCGCUUCGAGCUCGAGGUGUACGACGACAACGCCCGCCUGCUGGCCAACGUGUCCUCGGACACGCCCAGCUUCUCCGUGUCCGGGCUGGCGCCGGGGCUGGUGCUCAAGAUGCUCAUCUACGGCAGCAACAGCAAGGGCCGGUCCGAGCCCAGCCGCCUGGAGGGCUUCACGCUCAAGGGCGCCGAGAAGCAGACGGAAGAGAACCUCCUGUCGCUCCUAGGCCCGCCCGAGUUCACGCUGACCCCUGUGCUGGGCGGCGUGCUGGGCGUGGCGGGCGUGUUCCUGCUGGGCGCGCUGCUCGUGGCGCUGGUGGUGAAGCUGCGCGCGGGCUGCUCGCGGCCGCUGGGGCUGGCGCUGGGCGGGGGCGGCCGGCACCCGCGCCCGCCCGCGCGCCCCGCCCAGCUGCCGCUCAAGGACAAGGCGGCCCUGCCGCUGCGCUCGGACGCCGACGACCACCUCAUGCCGCCCUACUCGGACAAGGACGACCGCAACCCGGACCUCAUCCCGUGCAACAAGGACUCGGACUACCAGCUCGGCACGCCGGGCCAGAAGUCGACCCCGGACAACAACGGCGUGCUCGCGGGCCACCACGGCGUGCACGCGACGCUCCGCAACGGGGACGUCUUCUGCAAGCAGGACAACCGCGAGGUGGAGCGCGAGAGAUACAUCGGUCGGCAGGACGACGAGGUAACGUACGCCGAGCUGGUGCUGUCCGGGAGGGCCGCCUGCACGGACGCCAACGGCGGCGGCACGCUGCGGAGAGGGGUGGCGACCUGCGGCCGGGAGCCCACCAUCUACGCGCAGAUCGACCACUCCCGGAAGGGGAUGACGACGGGCCUGGCUGGUACCCCGCCGUCGCUGGGCACGCCGCUGUCGCCGUCGGCCAGCACGCCAGGUGGCAUGGCGGGAAUGCCGCCGCCGCUGCGCGAGAUCGUGACAGUACGGACACCGCUCAUGGCGAUGGCGUCGCAGCAAGAGAGCUGUGUAUGAGUGUGAUUAUAGUGUAUGGUGAUAGUGUUAGAUAGGGAGACUGCGCCCCGGACCCACGCGUCCGAGACGUUUCGUGUACAUGGUGCGACAAGCCCACUGCCAAAGAUGUUCCAGAAGCACAAACUUCGGUCGCUGAGCCCGCCUGUCGAAGCGGUGAACUCUUCGCCCCUGACCAUAAUUUCCAGAAACCUGCCCUCAAUGUGGUCUUCAGACCGACGAUGUGCCUCACAGUUGCAGUUUUUCACACUGCCGAUACAGUCAGCUACAAAUUCUCUCUUUCAGGGAGUUUUUCAAAGAAACAAGGUCAAUCACCUCAUUUGAAAAAGUAUGUUAUUUCUUGUACAAAUGACCUAUGUUUCCCCUACGCAUAGUUCGAUAGUUCUAAUUGAGACCAUUGUAGAACAGCGAACAAAAUCAGCAAUUGAUAAUGUUUAGCAACUCCGUCUUAUUUCUGUUUUGAAGUGACAAAUUCAACAAAAGAUGACAAAAGAGUAGUGGUUUAUAUGGUUUAUUAUGUAACUGACUGAAAACAAUCAUCUCGGGUGGGUUUAAUCCCUUGCAAUUCCGUGUUUGGUUCAGGGAAUAGUGACCGAAAUUCACUUAAAUAUUAUAGGAACUAAGAGCAAGCCAUAUCUGGUGUCUGCACCCAACAGACUGCAUAGAAUCUAAAGUGGAUUAGUAAAAUUGCCCUUCUAUGUAUAUAUGUAUAAUUGUAAGAGUUUUACUAUCAAUAUUUUUUUACUGAUUGUACAAAGUAAAUACUGUAAAUACUAUGUCAGUGCAAAUGCUGAGAUUAAUAUUGUUUGUAACUUAUUGUGCAUAUCGAUAUGUAGCAUAUGUGACCAGAGAUUAUGUGUAAAUAUUCAAUAUCCCUCGUUGAAUAAUUAAGGUUGUGUCAUAUGUAAUUUAAAACAGUUCUACUCAUUUUUAUUACAAAUACAGUACAAAAUUUACCGUUAUGUUCUCUUACAUCCAACAAAUGUUCACUCUGUAUUUUAUUUUUAAGUGGUCAUGGCUUUCACUCCAUUGAUAAAUCAUGCAGAGAAUGUUCAUGGUAUUUGAAAAAUCUUGUUAGAGAUUUUGAACUGAGAGUUGUCACAAUAUUGAAGGAACUAGUCAGAACUGAAUUCUCCUUUCAGAAACGUUGACACUUAUUUCUCUUCUCAUUUAACCAAAUAAAAAUCCAGUAUUUUAAAAGAAUGACAGUUUAUGAGGAGCGUGUUAUGUAAUGAAAUUUAAUUACCAAUAAUAAAUCAAUAAAGAAACUCGCAUCAGAA